AUGUCGUUGCCCCAGAAAAAGGUCGACGUGCAAACGAUUCUCCUAUAUAUUCCCAACCAGAUAGGCUACCUCCGCAUAAUAACGGCAAUAAUCUCAUUCCUAUGCAUGCCCCGCUACCCCGUGCCCACGGUGGUGUUCUACGGGAUAUCUUCGAUUCUCGAUGCGUUUGACGGCUACGCGGCCCGCAAGUUCAACCAAGGGACGAGGUUUGGGGCCGUGUUGGACAUGGUGACUGAUCGGUGCGCCACGUCGUCGCUUAUCGUCUACUUGGCCGUAUUGUAUCCUCAGUUCACCUUUGUCUGGCAGGUGUUGGUGAGUUUGGACUUGGCGUCGCACUAUAUCCACAUGUACGCCAUGUUGUCGGCCGGCUCCACUAGUCACAAGAAUGUCGAGGCCUCGCAGCUGAAGUUGUUGAAUUUGUACUACACCAACAGGAAGGUGCUCUUUGCCGUUUGUGCCUUGAACGAGUUGUUCUACGUGGCCAUAUAUUUGAGAUACUAUGGCUUCUUUUAUCUUGGUACCAUUAUGGCGGUGUUGAGUACCCCGAUUUGGAUUUUCAAGCAGAUUGCCAAUGUGAUUCAGUUGCAGAGCGCUUCUUUGAUAUUGGCUAGAUUGGAUGUCGACGAGCAUAAUAAGAAGAGGAGCCAAUGA